UUACAAAUGACAGCAAACGGUGCUGUCAACAUGAGCGUGGAACCGAUGGCACGCUGGGAAAGUCCUGAAGAAGAUACUCAAGUGAACGUGUCGGUGCUCGAGGAGCGUCUACGUUUCCCGUAUGCAAGCAAUGUGGUUGCAUCAAAUCGUAUGAUGAAAAGCGCUAUGAGUGAGCAGGUGUGA